AUGGAUAUUGAUAGGGUGCUAAUGAAGAACGUAUUAGAGUUUUAUGUAGAGAUUGGAAUGGGAGAGAUGAAAAUAUACAAAGAAGAUUUCGAGAGCUUCUUUCUUGAAGAUACAACGUCUUACUAUUCUUGCAAGGCAUCAAGAUGGAUUCAAGAAGAUUCUUUUUCUGAUUACACUCUCAAGGCCGAAGAAUGCAUAAAGAAGGAGAAGGAGAGCGUGACUAAUUACCUUCACUCAAGCAGUGUGCCAAAGCUGGUUAAGGUAGUAGAACAUGCGUUGUUGGUAGUGCGUGGAAGUCAACUUCUUGAAAAGAAGCACUCAGAGUUCAGUGAGAUUGUGCAGAAGCUUAUCACAGACGCAGAUGGUGAAGACACGGCUACUAAGGUACAAGCUCUUCUCAGAAACAUUAUUGAGAUGCAUGAUAAAUACAUGGUCUAUGUCACUGGUAGUUUCCAAAACCAAAACCUCAUUUACAACACAUUUAAAGAGGCAUUUGAGAGUUUCUGUAUCAAAACAACCUCUGGAAGCUACUCAAGGGCUGAAUUACUGGCAACAUUCUGCGACAGAAUUAUCCUAAAGAAUUGGGGAAGUGAGGAGCUGAGCGAUGAAGGUGUUGAGAAGGUGGUCAAGUUCCUUGCUUGCAUAAGUGGUGAAUGGGAUCUUUUUUCAGAGCUUUACGGAAAGAAGCUGGCACGUAGGCUCUUAUCGAACCGUGGUGCAAAUGAUGACCAUGAGAGAAGUAUCCUUACAAAGCUCAAGCAACAAUUCGGUGGGAGUUUCACUUUUAAAAUGGAGGGAAUGUUGAAGGAUAUGAUAUUGUCAAGAGAAAACCAAAACAGUUUCAACGAGUAUGUAGCCAAUAAUGCAAAACCAGGGAUUGGCUUGACCGUCACUCUUCUUACCACUGGUUUUUGGCCGAGUUACAAGACGUUUGACAUAAAUCUACCCAGUGAAAUGGUCAAGUGUGUUGAAGGUUUCAAAGAUUUCUAUGAAACGAAAACGAGAAGCAGGAAACUUACAUGGAUCCACUCACUAGGAACUUGUCACAUUAUUGGAAAGUUUGAUCAAAAGCCUAUUGAACUGAUUGUGUCUACUCACCAGGCUGCUCUGCUUCUGCUUUUCAACACAAGAGACAAACUGAGUUACACUGACAUCCAAAGUCAACUGAACCUAAGCCAUGAGGAUCUAGUGUGGCUGCUUCAUUCCUUGUCAUGUGCUAAAUACAAGAUUCUUAUCAAGAAGCAAGGCACAAAGACUUUCCAAGACUGA